CUGCUGCGUCCAUCCUCCGGCUGUCGGCCAGCAUGGCGGUGCCCGCUGCAAGAUCCGUGGUUUUCGUGACUGGAAACGCAAAGAAACUCGAAGAAGUCAUCCAAAUCCUCGGAGACAAGUUUCCUCACAAACUAGUGUCAAGAAAGAUCGAUUUGCCUGAAUACCAGGGAGAGCCGGAUGAGAUUUCCAUACAAAAGUGCAAGGAGGCUGCACAACAGGUUGAUGGACCAGUGAUAGUAGAGGACACCUGUCUGUGCUUCAAAGCAUUAGGGGGGCUGCCUGGUCCUUAUAUCAAAUGGUUUCUGGAUAAACUCAAGCCAGAGGGUUUGUACAAACUCUUAGCUGGGUUUGAAGAUAAAUCAGCAUGGGCUCUCUGCACGUUUGCAUUCUGUGCUGGUAAAGAUGAACCCGUGCAACUCUUCAGAGGGAAAACAGAGGGGACAAUUGUGCAACCCAGGGGGCCUCGAGACUUUGGAUGGGAUCCUUGUUUCCAGCCAGACGGUUAUGACAAAACCUAUGCUGAACUGCCAAAAGAAGUCAAGAAUUCCAUCUCUCACCGUUACCGGGCGCUUGCUGCCCUGUCUGAGCACUUUUCACAAACCAGCAAUACCCCACCACAGAGCAAGAAGAAGAAGCAGGAGGAGUGACUGUAAAAGAGGUUGUCCGGCCAGAACAAAUGAUAGAAGCCGUCCGUUACACUCAUGCCACUCUUUAUUUAUGGGUUUGAUGAUGUUUAGAUUUAUGAUGAAGUUUUGGUUCCUAGAAAUCAGAAGGAAAUGACAAUGACUGAUCAAAUAAACAGUAAAGGGCAUGCAAUCUAAUAACAGAAAUCCCAUGUAAACAAAAUGGAAUAAACAAAGAUGGUGUAAGGAUUAUCAAUAUGUCAUAAAAAUGUAAUAUAAUUGGAUACUUCGUAUUUCUACAUAUACUUGUAGCAUUUGAAGAGCUGCGGUGCUACAUUCUAUCUGUUUUCCUGCCAUUUAUUUUUAAUAAACUUACCAUAAAAUGGUUAA